GUUAAACUUGUGCAUUAAUGGCUCCAAAGAAGAAACAGCAAAAGCAGAAGACGACGUCGUCAUCGUCCUCUAAGUCAGGUUCGAAAGGAAAAGCUUCAACGUCGGCGUCGGUUACUAAACUUCAGAUAUCCGCGGAAAACGAGAACCGGCUCCGGCGACUCUUGCUCAACUCCGGUCAGUCUGCGCCACCUCCGGCUUCCACUGCCACUGACGAUGCUUUUACUAAGGAGCAGAAGGCCAAAAAGCUUCGUUCUGUUUAUGAGAAGCUCUCCUGCGAAGGCUUCACUGAUGAACAAAUUGAACGCGCUCUCUCCGCUCUCAAGGAAACUGCGACCACCGAGAGUGCCUUAGAUUGGUUAUGCUUAAAUUUGCCUGGUAUUGAGCUCCCGCUGAAGUUUGCUAGUGGUACCUCUGAACACACAAAUGGAGGCUCUGUUGGUGUUGUGUCAAUUGCAAGGGAAGAUUGGGUACCUACAAUGGAUUCUUCUCCAGACGAAAGCAAGGAUGAAUUGCUGAAUUUUUCUGUUAAAGUUAAGGGGCAGCGGGAUGAUGAAACUUUAGAAUCCUCUCAGUUAUCUCAAGCGGACUGGGUACGCAAAUAUAUGGAACAACAGGAAGAGGAUGAGUCUGAAACAUGGGAAUCAGAUCUGAUUGAGUAUGAUGCUGAGAGAAAGGUCCUAGAAACAAAGUUUGAUGUUGGUACUAUUUUGAGAGACUAUCACAGUGCAAUGUCAGAAGCAGUUGGUGCCAAAGAGAGAGGGGACAAGGAAACCCAGAAGAAAGCUGGGCAGAUGAUUCGCAAGAUUGUGCAGCAGGCAUCUGCCUUAGGAUUAUCAGCUGAUGUCUUGGCCUCUGAUUAUGAGCGUUCUUCCACUGCUUCCUUGAAGGAUUCAUGUUCUGUUUCCACGCCUGACGAGAACAUUAAUGCUGAAGAUGCUACUUCAUACAUCAUGGAACGUGGUACAGAAUUAGCUCAGUCGGAACUGGAGGUUGACCAAAACUUGGUAAACGGCAACAGCUCGAUUGAGUUCUUCAGUGAAGGAAACCUUUCAAGUUGCCCUGUAAAAGAUGAAGAUGCUUUAGAAGGGGAAUCGGAAGAUGUAGAGCUUGGUAAUUUCUUGUUUGAAGAUGCCCCAGCUGGUGACGUUUUUCCAGAUGAGGUAGUGGAUCUACAAAAGAAAGAAAGACUAAGGGAAUUAUACAGUGAGAAAACUUUUGAGAAACUAGAAGGCAUUUGGAAGAAGGGAGAUCCAAAAAAGAUUCCCAAGGCUUUUCUUCACCAACUUUGUCAGCGAGAAGGGUGGGAGGCACCAAGAUAUAGUAAAAUGCUUGACAGCGGAAAUAAUCCCAGUUACACUGUUAGCGUAUUGCGUAAAGCUAGCGGGAGGGGUAAAAGCAGAAAAGCUGGAGGACUAAUUUCUGUUGAGCUUCCAUCUCAAGAUUUGUUUUCUAGUGAUGCUGAGGAUGCACAGAACAGAGUAGCGGCAUAUGCACUCAAUCUCCUAUUUCCUGACCUUCCUGUUCACCUGCCAAUUGUGGAGCCAUAUGCUUCACUUAUUAUACACUGGAAGGAAGGGCACUUGUCAAAAGACAUUGAAGCUAGCAUUAAAAAUCGCAGAGCUGGAUUCGUGGACUCAUUGCUAAAUGCUGCUGGGCCUGAUCAUAAAGAUACUGCAGAUAUCACCAGUAGUUCUCUGGAUAAUGAGUUUGAAAUGCCUGAUGCAAAAGAGACUACAAAUGCUUCUGUAAAGUUGAAAGGUCGAGCUGCAAAAUAUAAAAAGGAAGCAGAGAGCUCUUUUCUAAAGACUGAACAAGAAAAAAGAAAGAAACUGCAGAAGUACCAGGGAAUGUUGGAGUCUAGAGCUGCCCUCCCUAUUUCUCAGUUAAAAGAAGAUAUCUUACAGUUGCUAGAAGAUAAUAAUGUUUUGGUUGUUUGUGGCGAAACUGGAUCUGGGAAAACUACUCAGGUGCCACAACUUAUACUGGAUCACAUGAUCGAAGCAGGACAGGGCGGGGACUGCAACAUUAUAUGCACACAACCAAGGAGGAUUGCUGCUGUUUCUGUUGCUGAAAGAGUUGCAGAUGAGCGUUGUGAACCUUCUCCUGGUUCAAAGGAUUCUUUAGUUGGUUAUCAUGUUCGUCUGGAUAGUGCAAGGAAUGCAAAGACAAAGCUUCUUUUCUGUACCACUGGGAUUCUUCUGAGGAUGGUGUUGGGUAACAAAAAUUUGGCUGGUGUUAGUCAUGUCAUUGUUGAUGAAGUGCAUGAACGUUCUCUCUUGGGUGAUUUCCUACUCAUUGUUUUGAAGAAUCUGAUUGAGAAGCAAUCUGCUCACAGCACAACGAAGUUGAAAGUUAUUCUUAUGUCUGCAACAGUUGAUUCACAUCUCUUUUCACAUUAUUUUGGUGAUUGCCCUGUAAUUACUGCAAAAGGCCGGACACAUCCUGUGUCAACUUAUUUUCUUGAGGAUAUUUAUGAACGGAUUGACUAUCGUCUCGCUUCAGAUUCUCCUGCGUACAUAAAUGCUGAAACAUUCUCAAAAGAGAAGAGGGCUGCUGUUGGUCAUCACAGAGGCAAGAGAAAUCUUGUUUUAUCUGCAUGGGGUGAUGAAACUUUGUUGUCUGAAGACUUGAUCAACCCAUAUUAUGUUCCCAUUCAUUAUCAAUCACAUAGCGAGCAAACUCAACAGAAUUUGAGAAAAUUGAAUGAAGACAUAAUUGAUUAUGAUCUCCUUGAGGACCUGGUCUGCUACAUAGAUGAAACUCACCCAGAGGGUGCUAUACUUGUCUUUCUGCCGGGAGUUGCUGAAAUUGAGAUGUUGCUUGAUAAACUAUCUGCUUCUUACCGUUUUGGUGGACCAUCUUCAGAAUGGUUACUUCCUUUACAUUCAUCUAUAGCAUCUGAGGAUCAGAGAAAGGUCUUUUUAAGGCCUCCUGAUAACAUCCGCAAGGUCAUAAUUGCCACAAACAUUGCAGAGACUAGUAUAACAAUUGAUGAUGUUGUGUACGUGGUAGAUGCUGGAAAGCAUAAGGAGAACCGUUAUGAUCCACAGAAGAAACUAUCAAGCAUGGUUGAGGAUUGGAUAUCUCAAGCAAAUGCAAGGCAGCGGCAAGGAAGAGCUGGUCGUGUAAAACCAGGAAUCUGCUUUUGUUUGUAUACACGCCACAGAUAUAAAAAUCUGAUGCGCCCAUAUCAGAUACCAGAGAUGCUGCGCAUGCCAUUGGUCGAAUUAUGUCUGCAGAUCAAGUUACUUUCGCUUGGUAGCAUAAAGCCAUUUUUAUUAAAGGCUUUAGAACCACCAAGUGAAGAGGCUAUCAGAUCAGCAAUUUCUUUGUUAUAUGAGGUGGGUGCCAUUCAAGGAAAUGAAGAGUUGACACCUCUUGGGUAUCAUUUGGCAAAGCUGCCAGUGGAUGUUUUAAUUGGAAAGAUGCUAAUAUAUGGUGGAAUAUUUGGAUGCUUGUCACCAAUCCUGUCUAUUUCAGCAUUUUUGAGUUACAAAUCACCAUUCAUAUACCCAAAGGAUGAGAAACAGAAUGUUGACAGAGCAAAAUUAGCGUUGUUGACCAAUAAGAUUGGUGGUGAAAAUGAUUCAAAUGAUGGGAAUGGCCAGUCUGACCACCUAUUGGUGAUGGUUGCAUAUAGGAAAUGGGAGAAGAUUCUACAUGAGAAUGGAGUCAAGGCUGCACAACAAUUUUGCACCUCUUACUUUUUGAGCAGCUCUGUAAUGUACAUGAUAAGAGACAUGAGAAUACAGUUUGCAACAUUACUGGCAGACAUUGGACUGAUUAGCAUCCCAACGAGCUACCAGAUUACAAGGAGAAAGCAAGACAAGCUUGACAGCUGGCUUUCAGAUGCAUCACGAAUGUUCAAUAUGUACUCAAACCAUUCUGCAAUAGUUAAGGCAAUUGUAUGUGCAGGGCUGUAUCCCAAUGUGGCCACAAGUGAAGAGGGCAUUGUUGGAUCAGCUCUUGGCACCCUUAAACGAAAUGCAGGUUCUCCAUCUAAGGGUCAACCUGUUGUGUGGUAUGAUGGGAGAAGAGAAGUUCACAUACACCGGUCCUCUGUCAACAGUGGUUUAAAGACCUUUCAAUACCCAUUUCUUGUCUUUCUUGAAAAGGUUGAAACAAAUAAGGUAUACCUGCGUGACACUACAAUUAUCUCUCCCUACUCUAUUUUGCUGUUUGGUGGCUCAAUUAACGUGCAGCAUCAGACUGGACUGGUCUUUGUGGAUGAUUGGUUAAAAAUGGCAGCACCAGCACAGACUGGUGUGCUCUUUAAACAACUUCGCUUGACUCUGCAUUCUAUCCUCAAGGGACUGAUAAGCAAGCCUCAGGCUGUAUCAGUCACAAGUAAUGAAGUUCUUAGGUCUAUAAUCAAUUUGUUUCUGGAAGAAGACAAAGCCGUGAAGUAACUCGUUCAAUCUUGGGCUGAGGCAUGUUCAAUGCUCUGCCUGUCCCUUGAAAAAGAAGUAGCGCCGCGCCCUGAACCAUUUAGAUUGCUGCUUAUGAUUACCGUCUAUGGUCACCGUGCCAUGUAACAAGCUUGUCGACAUCUGAGAUUUGGAGAAAAUGGUUACUUCAUGCUUACCCUAAUUAUUCGGCAAGGGAGAAGCUCCAUGUAAAUAGUCGUUCAAGGUGCUCAGAUUCGUCCAAUCACAUGCUUCAAGUGUAACUUUUGUUCCAUCUUGAUGGCACUGUAAAGAUCUCAUGUCAAGCCCCUAGAAGAACAUCUAGGGUUGACUAAGUUACAUAUGAUCUAUAUUCAAAAUGUAGAGAUGUUCAAGUGCGAUACCGUAAUGUGAUGCCUGCCGUUUUGUCUUCUCA